AUGCCUAUCAGCAAGAAGGACAGAAGAAACAAGGAGCACAAGCGAGCUGAUGCCGCUGGAACUCGUGCUCCCGUGAAGGCCAACGGCCUCCCUGUCAAGGCUCCUAAGCCCACCUCUAUCUGCCAAAACUGCCGCAAGGAGAUCGUUAACACGAACAAGCUCCAGCUUGAGGUGCACGCUGAGACACACGAUGCGAAGCUUUGGCCUAAGGAGAAGUGUUGGCCCAACGAUUUCCAGUAA